GAAAAAGAUUUAAAUUUCUAUGGUUUGCGUAGUUUUACAUCCUUGCAGGGGUUUGCAACUAAGUGGGAAAAAUACGAGCGACUAAAUUUUCAUACAAAAUUAAUUGAUAACGAUUCUAGCAGGAAAAUGGCAUCUUUAACAGGAAGAAUUGUACUCUCUGCUGCUCGCAGAAACAUUCAAUACACUCCAGUUCGUUUCUGCAAAAUGAUGAAUGAUCCUCUUGAACAUGCCACUGGUAUCGAAAAGCGUGAAUUGCUCGCCAAAGCUGCUGGAAAUGAGAAUCCCUUCGACAUGAAAGUAUUUAAGCGCGGUCCAGGCACUAAGGAAAGUCCAAACUUAAUUCCAUCAGCUUUCGAUGCUCGCUUAGUCGGUUGUAUAUGCGAAGAAGAACAGACAUACGUCAACUGGAUGUGGCUUUAUCAGGGACAUCCAAAGAGAUGCGAAUGUGGACACUGGUUCAAAUUAGUUGAAAAAGCUCCAGUCUAAAUUCCUCACAACAGAAAGAAGCAACUACCUUCAAAUUAUAUGAUCCAAUUUGAAAAUAUAAUUAACUAUAGUUUUUCGUGUUAAAGAAGAAAAUGGAGUAAUUCCCAACAAAAGAUGAAUGAAAUGAAACUUAAAAUGUGGAAAAUUUAAUUUCCCGAUGAAGAAAAUCAAUUUUGAGGGAAAAUAAAAUUUAUCAAAAAUUUAG